GGUCUGAGGAGCUAAAAAAGGAAUAUUCCAAAUCUAGGGUUUGGUGGAGCUGCAUAAAUACCACUGUCUCUCAUCUCUUACUUUCCUCUCCCUCUCGCGUUUAGGUUCGGUGCCCACUCUCCGCGCGUUGCUCUUGCGGCCUCUCUCGCACUCUGACCUUCGGAGAUUUAUCAUUAUCAUCGUCAAUGGCCGUCACCUUCUCAGAUCUCCACACAGAGGCGGGCCUCAAGUCUCUUGAAGAGUACCUCGCAGGCAAAACCUAUGUCUCUGGGGGUCAUCUCACGAAGGAUGAUAUAAAGGUUUACGCAGCUGUGUUGCAGAAACCUGGGGAUGCUUUCCCCAGUGUCAGCCGGUGGUACGACUGCGUUUCAACGCAUCUAGCUUCGAGCUUCCCCGGAAAGGCUGUUGGGGUUAGAGUGGGAGGCCAAGCUGGACCAGUUGAAGCUGCUCCAGCUCAAGCAGCUAAGGAUGCUCCUGCAGAUGAUGAUGACGACCUUGAUCUCUUUGGAGAUGAGACAGAAGAGGAAAAGAAGGCAGCAGAAGAGCGGGAGGCAUCUAUUAAAGCAUCCUCCAAGAAGAAAGAGAGCGGUAAGUCGUCUGUUCUUAUGGAUGUGAAGCCAUGGGAUGACGAGACCGACAUGAAGAAGCUGGAAGAGGCUGUCCGCAGUGUUGAAAUGCCCGGUCUCUUGUGGGGAGCAUCAAAACUGGCUCCGGUUGGUUACGGGAUAAAGAAACUGCAGAUAAUGCUAACCAUUGUUGAUGAUCUCGUGUCAGUGGAUGGCCUAAUAGAGGACUAUCUCUUGGCUGAGCCUGCCAACGAGUAUAUUCAGAGCUGUGACAUUGUUGCUUUCAACAAGAUUUGAGCCAUUUCAACUGCUGCAUUAUCCAUUUACCUGCAGUGUUCUAGUUAAUCGUGUUUAGAUGUUAUUCCCUCCUCUCUUCUCCAUCUUCUUUUUUGGGUCUCUCUCUACAUUGUGUUUUUUUUUUUUUUUUUGCUGUGUUCUAUCACAUUUCUCCUUGGUGAGAUACAAUAGGAAGAAAAAUCCCCAGUUGAGGCUGGAAGAGCCUUUGGUGGGUGGGCUCAUGAGGUUGGGAGGCGGACGUAAUUGUACGGCUUUUUAUCAGAGUUUUAAAUUUUAAUUUAUUGUUGCCUGUUUUUUACGUGUUUAA